UCGGGGCCAGACUUCAGGAAAAGUGUCUUAGGACCCAGGAGCAUCUUCUGAGUCUCGUCCCACCAUGAAGCUUACCAUCACCUUCCUAGUGUUCUGUGUGGCUCUGCUCAGUGACUCUGGUAUUGCUUUCUUUGUGAAUUCAUUGGCCAAGCCUGUGGUGGAACCCGUGCCUGCCCUUGCUCCAGCUGCAGAGGCUGUGGCAGGGGCUAUGCCUAGCCUACCAUUAAGCCACUUGGCCAUCCUGAAGUUCAUCCUGAACAGCCUGGGCAUCCCACUGGAUCCUCUCAUAGAGGGUUCCCAAAAGUGUGUCACCGAGCUGGGCCCCGAGGCUGUAGGAGCUGUGAAGUCACUGCUGGGGGCCCUGACAAUGUUCGGUUGAGGUGACCCUGGAAAAAUUCUGCCUGACAAGAUGUUAUUCUUCAACAAAAGCUGGAAGCUCUGCUUCUCAUGCCUGUCCUCUCUACCUUAAUAAA